UAUAUAGUUAUCCCUCCAGCAUAAAUUACAACCAAAGUACCAAAUUAACUAUGCUUGUCCAGUCCUCAAUAUUAUUAUCACCACCACCAUCUUUCCCCUCUAAGUCUAACCUCAACAAUAACAUGGAUCAUCAAUUCUCACACAUCAUCCCCACAGAAAGAUCACCUAGAAGAGAACUCCAACUUCAAGGUCCACGCCCUACACCUCUCAGAAUAAACAAAGACUCUCAUAAAAUCAAGAAACCACCGUUGGCACCACAACCUUCACACCCUCAUCAACCUCCACCGCGCCAACCUAUAAUAAUCUACACCGUGUCCCCCAAGGUGAUUCACACCACCCCAAGUGACUUCAUGAACCUCGUCCAACGCCUCACUGGGUCCAGUUCUUCUUCCUCUGCUGAAGUGGUCAUGUCCAACAAUAACAACACCACUCAUGUCGACCCUUUCAACAACGGCGGCGGCGGAAUGGUGUCGCCGGCGGCGCGUUACGCCACCAUAGAGAAGGCCAUGUCCCCUAUGGGGAAAAAACAUGUUCUUCUUCCAAGUGUGAACAAUAUUAUAAGCGAUGUGGAAGGGAUAGAGAUUAGUAUAGGUGAUGGUGUACUUGAGAGAUCACAACAAAAUAUGUUUCAAGGGAUUCUGUCCCCGGGUCCAGCUUCGCUAUCUCCCAUUCCUUCGAAUUUUUUCUCUCCACCGUCUUCUUCGGAUCCAAGCAUGAUUAGCUUCCUUCGUGAUUUGAGUCCUAUGUUUCAAAGCGGAAGAAAUUUUACGGAGGGUGGUAGUUCUUUCGUCUUGCCUAGCCCUUCUUCAAACUUCAGUUUUGUUUCACCGCAUACUCCUUCUAUAGACUUAUUCAACUAUUUCUUAGAUUAGCAAAUUCGACCUUCAAUUCGAAUUCUUGGCGUUUAUUGUUGAAUUUGAUUAGUUUUUUUAUUUUACUGAUAAAAAAAUUGGAUUCGAACGGAGAUUGAUAAGGAUUGGUUUGUCGAGUUAUAUUGUGUAGUUUGAGAGGAGGGGGAAAAGUGGAAUUUGUUGCUCUUUCGGUGACUAUAGUUCUAGAUAGCUGCAAUUUGGAAACUUCUUUGUUGGAAAUUUUUUUUCUUUCUUUUUUUAGGGCAAUGUUUGUGCUCUCGAAUUUCUUAUGGCCUUCGCCGUUGACAUCAUUCUUUGGCAUGUAUUGUACAUUGCGUUUAGUUUGCUGAUGCAUGUCGGCACUAAAUAUAUUUAAUCCCAUUUAUAUUCUCUUUGUAUGAUCAGAUAAUCACAUGUAUGCUAAUCUGGCAACCUUUGAUCA